CAUUAAGCCAAGUUUACAAAAUAUUUAUUUUUGUUAUCGGCACCGGAGCAAGUUUGACAUAAAAAACUCGAAUUAUUUUAGUAAAAUUUUAUCAGUUGUUGUUGAUUAGUCGAAGCAGAAGCAUCAAAUCUAAUAUAAAAUCAUGAGCUUGCCGGAUACAUUAGUCAAAUUAUUCACUUACAUCGACCAGAACAAGUCAAAGUACAUCGAGACAUUGACAGAAGCUGUUGCUAUAAAAUCCGUAUCAGCAUGGCCACACGCUCGUCCAGAUUGUCAACGGAUGAUUGAUUGGGCUCAGAAGAAAAUGGAAGCUCUUGGAAUUACUUGCGAGCAGGUUGAUAUUGGCGAGCAGACAUUGCCGGAUGGAACUACAUUGAAGCUACCAAAUGUUGUGAUGGGAAUUUAUGGAAAUGAUCCAGCCAAAAAGACUGUUGUUAUUUAUGGACAUCUUGAUGUUCAACCAGCACUGAAAGAAGAUGGAUGGGACACUGAACCAUUUGUACUGACUGAACGCAAUGGAAAGUUAUUUGGACGUGGUGCUUCUGAUGACAAAGGACCAAUCCUCGGCUGGUUUAACGCAAUCGAAGCCUACCAGAAGCAAAACAUGGAAGUUCCAGUCAACAUCAAGUUCGUCUUCGAAGGAAUGGAAGAAAGUGGUAGUGAAGGACUUGAUGAUCUCCUCUAUGCCCGUAAAGACUGGUUCAAUGGUUCAGAUUAUGUCUGCAUCAGUGAUAACUACUGGCUCGGAAGUACACAUCCAUGCAUCACAUACGGUCUACGUGGAAUUUGCUACUUUGGACUUGAAGUUGAGUGUGCAUCAAAGGAUUUACAUUCUGGUGUGUUUGGUGGUGCUGUACAUGAGGCAAUGACUGAUUUAGUUUAUUUGAUGGGACAACUUGUUGAUAAUACAGGAAGAAUCUUGAUUCCUGGCAUUUAUAAAGAUGUAGCACCAAUGUUGCCAAAUGAGAAUGAAAUGUAUGAAAAGAUUACAUUUGAUGUUGAGCAGUUCCGUAAGGAUCUUGGUGCACCAGGCAAGCUUUUACAUCCAUCAAAAGCAAAGUUGCUUCAACAUCGCUGGAGAUUCCCAUCAUUGUCACUUCAUGGCAUUGAAGGUGCCUUCAGUGAACCUGGACAAAAGACUGUCAUCCCAAGAAAAGUCAUUGGCAAGUUUAGCAUCCGUGCUGUACCAAAUCAAGAACCAGCUAAGAUUGAAAAACUCGUCGUUGACUAUUUGACCAAGAAGUUCUCGGAACUUGAGUCACCAAACAAAAUGAAGUGUUAUAUGGCACAUGGUGGACGUCCAUGGACUGAAAAUCCAAAUCAUGAACAUUAUCAAGCUGCUGCUCGUGCCACAAAGCAUGUCUAUAAAGUUGAACCAGACAUGACUCGUGAAGGAGGCUCAAUUCCUGUCACUUUGACUUUCCAGGAAGUCACUGGCAAGAAUGUCUUAUUGCUGCCACUUGGAUGUGGUGAUGACGGUGCUCACUCACAAAAUGAGAAGAUUGAUAUUCGUAAUUAUAUUGAGGGAUCAAAAUUGCUCGGUGCUUAUUUGUAUGAAGUCUCACAGAUCAAGUGAAGAUGAUUAAUGCUAUGUGGAAUAAAGUUUGAGAUUUUUGAGAUAA